GCAGUUGCACCAAAUACGGCGGCGUCCUCUGCGGAUUCAAGAGCCGCGCGCCGCGCCGGACCUUCCGAGAGCAUGCAGGCUCGAGACUUCGCAGCGUCGCUCGUGGCUGGAGGUUGCGCGGGUAUGUGUGUGGACCUCACGCUCUUCCCUCUGGACACUAUUAAGACGCGUCUCCAGAGUCCGCAGGGCUUCUACAGAGCUGGGGGCUUUGGAGGGGUCUACGCGGGCGUCCCCUCAGCCGCCGUCGGCUCCUUCCCCAACGCGGCAGCGUUCUUUGUUACUUACGAAGGCACCAAGUCUCUCCUGGCCGGCUGUCUGUCUGGCCGCAUGGCUCCCGUCACGCACAUGCUCGCUGCCUCGCUUGGAGAAAUCGUGGCCUGUCUGAUCCGGGUUCCCACUGAGGUAGUGAAGCAGAGAACACAAGCCUCUCCCGUCCUGCACACACACCAUGUUCUCAUGGCCACUCUGCGAGAGGAGGGGUUCCGAGGGCUGUACCGGGGCUUUGGCAGCACUGUACUGAGAGAGAUCCCAUUCUCACUCGUGCAGUUUCCUCUCUGGGAGUAUUUAAAGACUCUGUGGAGGAGGAGGCAGGGGACACAGCUGGACUCUUGGCAGGCCGCAGUGUGCGGGGCCGUAGCAGGUGCAAUAGCAGCAUUCGUCACAACUCCUCUAGAUGUGGCAAAGACAAGAAUAAUACUGUCUAAGGCUGGUACAGCUACAGCCCGUGGAAACAUCCCUCUGGUCCUGUAUGAGGUGUGGAAGAGGCGCGGUUUGCCCGGGCUGUUUGCUGGCAGUAUUCCCAGGAUGGCCUUCAUCAGCGUGGGGGGAUUCAUCUUCCUCGGCGCAUAUGAGAAAGUGCGCCACACGCUGUUGUAGAAGCGCGGUGUCGGGUUGUGCGUGCGACUCCGCAACGGUGAUCUGCUGCCAGCGACCCCUAGCCAAACCUGGGUGUCCCCUACGACGAAACGAACCACAAAACUGAUCUCAGAUCUGAGGAAGUGGGACAUUCUGCCAGCACUAUGACUGAAGUGAGAUGGCCGCAGGUCAAACCAACAGAAGAUCUGUUCUGGUGCAGGGUGAAGCACUGAUCUGGUGGCUCGUCUGAGAAAAGUCCCAUCACAUCACAUUUUCCAGUAGUUCUCUUUCUUGGCUAUCGGCGCACAGCGUGGGAAGUUCAGCUGACCACGUUCAGGGUCUUUUUUUUUUUUUUUUUUUUAGAUGGAAGUGGCGUCGUGGUCCUGUUAGCCUUCAGCAUGCUUGGAUGUGGUAUUAAAAGACUUUUAUAGAA